AUGGGGGUGCUUUGGGGGAUGGCGGGGGGGUUGGGGGGGGUUGUGGAGGGGAUGGUAGGGGAGGAAGGGGAGGGGGUGGUUGAUGUGAAUGAGCUUUAUGUCAAGGCUACUAUUGAUGUGACGGGGGCGACGAUUUUGGGGGUUGAGUUGGGGAAUUUGAGGGGGGAGGAAGAAGGGGGGGAUAUGGACUUUCUCACCUCCUUCCGCCGCGUCUUCCAGCAGCCCCCGCUUUCCGCCCUCAUCUCCUUCAUCAACCUCUUCCUCCCCAUCCGCCGCUUCCUCCCUAUCGAGGCCAACCUAGGCUACCUCCGCGCCUCGGCACAACUCCGCCGGAUGACCCUCGACAUUGUCAAGAACCGCGUCAAAGAACUGGCUCAACCGGACUAUCGCAACCCUGUCAGCAACGGAGCUGACUUGCUCACGAUGAUGCUAGAGGGGGAGAUGUCCCUCAGCAAAGCCGGCGACAAAAUGACAGAAGACCAAAUCACGAACGAGCUGCUGACCUUCAUCGCGGCGGGGCAUGAGACCUCGGCUAAUGCCCUCCUGUGGGCGAGCUAUGUCUUGGCUGUCCACCCUGACAUACAGACGCGUCUCCGCAGGGAAAUCACAUCCCAUUUCGAGGCUGGCAAAACCCCGACUUAUGAGCAGCUCGAGUCGGUUGUUUAUCUCCACAACUUUUGCAGGGAAAUCCUCAGGCGGUAUUGUCCUGCGUUGAUGACGUUUAGGGAGGCACUGAAAGAUCUUACCAUUCGUGGCACUUUUAUCCCAAGGGGCACCGUACUUCUUCUCCUCCCGGCGGUGGCCUCACGGACGGCCUGGGUUUGGGGGGAGGAUGUUGACGAGUUCAAGCCGGAGAGGUGGGAGAAUUUGGCAGGGACGGAGGCGGACAGCCCUUAUGCUUUUGGGGCGUUUAUGCAUGGGCCGAGGAUAUGCAUAGGGAAGCAGUUUGCCAUGGUUGAGUUCAAGGUUUUGGUUGUGGAGCUGGUGACCAGGUUUGAGUUUGGGAUGACGGAGGAGUUGGAGGGGCUUGGGGGGAGGGAGCCGAGGACGACGAACCCGGGGAUGGGGUAUGUUCCUGCUGGGGGGAUGAGGGUUAAGUUUAGGAAGAUUUGAUUCUUUUUUGGGGUGUUGAAUCGAAUAUUUUGUAUCACCACAUGGACGGCAUUACCGGUGACUUUGGGGGUUACAUGAACAUUUUGAGUUUGAUUUGGACACCGUUUGUCAAGUUGAGCACUUGUUUCUAGAAAAAAUUUCUAUUUAUGAUACUGUGCAAGCUGAGAAAAGAGAAGAAAAGCUGUGAGAAUACCUAG